AUGAAUCCUCUUCAUCAAUUAAUUAACAACAUAUACGACACCCUGAUUGGUAAAAUCCCUGGUGAUGAUGAAACCCUUGUUAAAAUGCAUACAAGACAUCUUGAAGAACUUGGAGAACUAAGUUUUCCUUUGCCGAUGAAAAAUUGGUAUAAUUUAGCAGGAAACCUCAUAGAUAAUCAACAAUCUGUUACAAUAUUCAGUUGUGAAAUGCAAGAAGACGACAUAGACACUGCUUUAGUGAAGUUCAAGUCAAGUUUUAAUGACAAGACAAAAAUAAGAAUUUGCAAAGUUAUUAGGACAAGUGUGCAUUUAUUUCUUGAAAGGCCCUCAUUAUUCAACUGUGGAAUUCGAAUAGCAUUAAAUGAAGCUGAUUCAUAUGGAAAAUGGGCGAUAUUUUCAAAAUGUAUUAAAAUAGACACAAAUUUAGAUAUAAGCAAUGUUGAGGACUUAGAUUUAACUACCCUACGACUAUCAAUUAUCAAAAAAACGUUGGAUAACUUCCUAGAACUUACCACUGACAUGCAAUCUAAUGAAAUAUUGCAUGUCAAUUUAAGCCACAACUCGGGCCAUAAUAAUAAUAUACUUUGCGGCCCAGUAACAAACAACCAAGGCACAAAAGACACAACAAAUAAAGCGAUAGAUAUUUUCAAUAAGAGAAUCUCUGAUAUGAGACUGAUGGCUCAACACAGAUACCGACUAAAUAUCAAAUCUGCUUCCGAGUGGCAAGACUUUUUCAAUAGACUUGGCAGGGCAUCAGUAACUAUUGAAUUACUUUCGAACAAACCACAUAAAUCAAUUAAAAUUGCCCUGAAUGACCUAAGUGGCGUGAAUAAAGGGGCUGCUUUUAUUUUUUAUAAUUGUGCUAGGCUUACAAUUUUGCUUAAAGAAUUUAAUAGUAAAUCUAAUAAAGGAAUAUAUCCUGGUUUACCUAAUUUAGACAAUAUUGACUUUAGUUUAUUGGAUCAACCUGAAGAGUGGGAACUUUUGUAUGUGUAUAUUUUACAAUAUCCAUUUGUUGUCAAAAAUUGUGUUAGAAGUAUAGAAAAAGGCAUUGUAAAUCCACAAAAUUUAGUUACAUUUUUAUCAAGCAUAUCUUCAGUGUUUAGUGUGUAUUAUAGGAGAGUAAGGAUAUUGACCGAACCCAGAGACCAUAUGUUUGGAUUGGUAUUUGCAAGGAUCUAUUUGUUAAAAGCCCUUCAGGUUGUGUUUUAUAAUGCCUUGAGGCUAUUAAAUAUAGAACCUGUUUCAGAGAUGUAA